UACUAUCUGAUAGCAGCUGAAGAUGGGCCAGCCCUCAAGCAGAGCAAGGCAUCCAGGAAGCACCCAACAAGUCCUCACUCUCAUCACCACAUGGUUGGGUGUGCAUUGGGAACUGGUGUCAACAGGAGCUCUGCCCAGAGAAGGCUGAUAAACCUCCAGGAAGUCAAUGUCGGAAGGCACAGAGGAUAGGGGAAUCCUCACCAGAGACACAGAAACUAUGGCACAAAAUCUCAUCAUCUGGCUCUCAAGGCCCCUGUCAGCCUUCAUUGUUUUGGCCAACAUCUUCCUCAUCCUUGGGAUCCUCUUCAACCGUAGACUCCGCACCACCACCAACUGGUUCUUCCUGAGCCUACUCUUUGCUGAUCUUCUGGCCGGCUUAUUCCUUCCCAAUAUUCCUGAGCUGUCCAUGACGAAGGAUUUAAACUACCACCUCUGCUUCUUCAACUAUGUGGCGCCUAACUUCAUCUUCCUUGCUUUCUUAGCCAACCUGCUGGUGGUGCACUAUGCUAAGUAUGUGUUCAUCAUCCAUUCACUGCACUAUCACCGGUCCUGGGUGUAUCGCUGGCCUGGUCUUUACAUAUUCGUAGCCUGGACAGCUCCUUUGACCUUUGCAUGCCUCCCACUGGCUUGGAACAAGUGGCAGCCCCAUGCCAACUGUUCCUUUGGUCUGGUCUUCCCCAUUCCUUACCUCUAUCUAGAGACCUAUGGCUUCCUCAUUCCAUCCAUCCUUGCCAUGGGCUUCAUGUGCAUCCAGGUGCUGUGCACAUCCCGAAGGCAGCUUAAGGACAUCACAAGACUCCUUCAUUCAGUGAACCAAGGCCAGCCCCCUUCAGAGCUGGAGCAGCAGCUGGAACUGAGGAAUGCUAAGAAGAUCGCGAGUGUCUCCUUCAUCUUCAUGGUCUGCUGGGUGCCCUAUAUUGUUUGCCUGAAUAUCUCACUGCUGUCUAUAGAUCAUAACAUCCACCCUCUCAUUAUUCCUAUCGUUACCUGCAUAGGCACCAGCAGCGCAGCAGCACUGCCAGUCAUCCUCAGCCUUGGCAACAGACAGUACACACAAUUUUGGACAGACAUGGCCACCAAAUGCUGUGGGGGCUGCUGCCAAAGACAGGGGUGCAAGGAAAGGAAAGCCAAACCAAAGGCCCGCUUGCCACAGGGUCGUCAUUGCCCUGCAGAGGCAGACCUCAAUGGGGCACCAGGCUGAUACCUUCAGAGGUAGCAAAUCAUCACUAGAAGCUAGCAAAAACACGUUCUGAGUAAGAUUGUAUAUCUAGACCAGGCAUCCCCAAACUGCGGCCCUCCAGAUGUUUUGGCCUACAACUCCCAUGAUCCCUAGCUAACAGGACCAGUGGUCAGGGAUGAUGGGAAUUGUAGUCCAAAACAUCUGGGGGGGGGCGAAGUUUGGGGAUGCCUGAUCUAGACAAAUCUUGGAAAUGGGCCCUGGUAAUAAUCAAUAAGUCACCCUGUGCUCCUGUUGACUAGAGGAAAGAAAGUUACUUUUCUGUCCCUGUUUGGAUUCUCUGACUGGACUGGGAAUUUUCCAUAAAUAAUAAUCGCUUUUGUGUUGGUUGGUCAUUCAUCAAGUCUGCCACCCUAAUAUCAGAUAGAUUGGCUUGUUCCAUCAAGAGUGUUUCUAGCUUCCUUACAGUAUCUGUAUUUGGUCUGUACCCCUUAUGAGAUAGCUGCUCCCCACCCCAUCCUGCCCAUCGGCAGAGGAGAAAGAGGUGGGUACCACUUGGAGAAUAAUGCAGCAAAUAUUUCUGCCUCACAGGUAGCCACAUUUAUGAAGACAAUAUAUCACUAGCUUUCAAACUGCACCACACCUGGAGAACUAUAUCCAGUUCUUCAUUAGGAUGCUUUAAUGAUGAUUAUGACGAUAGUUGCAAUUAAUGAAAAUUAAGGUUUUUUGAAUACUUCAUUGCAAAGCCUUACUGAGUUCAAAAUAGUUUUUUUGUUACUGUGUUUUCUCAAUUAACACAGCCUAAAAUUACAGCGAGGAGUAUUUUUUGAGGUUAAAUGGGGGUCUUCAUAGUCAAAAAGGCUGGGAACCACUGGGUUAUACCUUUGGGAUUUUUCUACUGACUUGCCAUGAUUUACUUUAUAUGUUUUUGAAUAUGGGUUAUCACAUUAAAGAUGGCUGAUUAAACUGCA